UGGAGGUCAGUUUGGAGUUAGUUAGUUAAUUAGUUUGUCUCUAGAGAAUGAGUGUAAGUCAAGUCAUUGUCUUAUCUGAUGAAUCUUGGUGUCUGAUUGACAUAUUUCUUGCGCUUGUUGUUUCUGUAUAUGUUGAGCAGAACGGAGAAAAUCUACCCACAUUGUUGUCUUGGUUGUGACAUCACACCUUUGUGACUACUUAAGUUGGAUGACGCCGACACAAGCCAUCUAUGGCAUGUGUGGCAGGACGAGCUGCACAGCCGUUUCUCAUGCUGGAUACAAAAUUAAAGGAUCAAACUCAAAAGUGAUAAUAACGGCUUGUACACUGGACCAUAAUGCCUCUCAAGCCUCAGUGGAAAAGCCUGAAGAAGUCCAGCUCAUAUGACUUCCAACUGUAUGAAGUCCCAGACACGUUACUGGGUGCUGUCACCGAUGAAACCCAGCAAGAAGUUAAAGCCAAACCUGUGCCUCGACCCUGGUCUAAAAUAAAACUAAAGGCCAAGUGCGACACCAGCAACAACACCACUGUUGACUCUGUGGACAGAACCAGCGAUACAACCAAUGCAGAUAGCUCACAACAACCUGCAGACCACAAGAAGCCUCAGCCUGUUCCUCCUCUUCCCAGACCACCACUGAGCAAAUAUGUGAACUUGAGUAAACCCCCAGGAGAAGGCCAUCAAUGCGUGAAUUCAAAUCCCAAUACAGCUUUGAAUCCUCCAGCAACGAGUACUGAAACAAUAGAAUGUCCUUCACCUCCACCGCGGCCUGCAUUCCCUCCUCCUCCUCCCUCCAACUGUAUCUAUAAACCACUGUCUACAGUGAGGCCAGAACCUGAGAUUUUCAAUGAUGGGAGUUGGCAAUCCAGAUCUUCGUCAACAGCUUUCUCGGUUGAGGAAGUAGGUCUCUACUGGACUCCUGAUCAUUCAACGGACUCAUACUACCAGACAGACCUGCAGUUGUCCAGCGUGGCAGCCACCCUUCCACUUUCAGUAAGUGAAACCUCGCCUCCACAG